AUGCCAAAAGUCGAGCAACUGCAGCAAUCGCCGGAGCAGCAGCAGCAACCACAACAACAACAACGAUGUGACUAUGAUUACGAUGACUUCACCUACAUACCGAACAUGGUAUUUAAGUCAAUGGGAUAUGAUUUUCUAUCGGGCAGCAAACCGUUGUGGCAGCAUCUUCUACUGAGUGCAUAUUUCGGAUUGGGUUUUGUCAUCAACUGUUACAUAUCGUAUUAUAUGAUCCUACGGAUCCUACAAUGGGACACUUUGAGUGGUAAUCCCAAGUUGAUAAUGCGCUAUGCCAUCAUGGUAUUCGUGAUGCUCAAUUCGGAUGUGAAAUUUUUUGCAUUUGUGGCAUAUCGGAGACGACUGCGUCUACUAAAUUCGGCCCUUAAAAGAUUGCACAAAAUGGGAAAAGAUGAUACAUUUCAGUUCAUAAGGGCUUAUCCCAUGGAACUCGGUUUCAGUACUAAAACCUUGAGCGGCUAUGUAAUUGCCACAAUAGUCGAGUCUGCCUUUAGUCUUUUGACAAUGAAUGUGAAUUUGGGUACAGAUCUUUGGUUGGUGUGUCUGUCCACACAAAUCUCCAUGCACUUCGACCAUGUGGCUAAGAAGCUAAAUCAAUACAAUCCGAGCAAUGGUAACGAGCAAGAGAAUCAUCAAUUUGUGAUUGAUCUUGUUAAUGAACAUCAACUGAUAUUUAGCUUGCAUAAGGAACUAAAUCAUUUGUUUGGAGUGCUUCUGGCCUAUAAUCUCUUCAGCACGGCCAGUUCACUUUGCUGCGUGGCCUUGUAUACGAUAGUUCAGGGCUUAAAUCUUGAAGGAUUGUCAUAUCUGUUGUUCUUUUUCACCACAGCAGCUCAAUUCUAUGUGGUUUGUCAUUCUGGUCAGAUCUUAAUCGAUUCGAGCAACAGCAUCGCAGCGGCUGCCUAUAAGCAAAAUUGGUAUGACAGUGCGACAAGUUAUAAGAAAUCUUUGCUGUUAAUACUUAUGCGAGCUCAAAAGCCAGCCGAGCUAUCGGCCAGAGGAAUUAUUAUUAUUUCCUUGGACACAUUUACGAUAUUGAUCAACAUAACAUUUCGUUUCUUCGCCGUAGUACGUACCGUCUUGGCCAAGUAG